AUGUUCAAUAAGUCAACAAGAAUCAAUGCAAAUUUAAUAUCAAACAUAACAGCAAAACUUGCUUUAAAUCUUCAUAUUAAUGAAACAGCAACAAAUGGUGAAGAUUUGGCUGAUGAUGAAGAACAAAUUGAAGGUGAUGAAGAUGAUCUUAAUAGAGAAAAUCUUAAUAAUAAUCAAGAUGAACAAGAUGAAGGCUGGGGUGAUACUGAAAUUGAAUUACUACCUGAUCUUGUAUGUUUUUAUUCAAAUAUAUAA